UGUAGGUGCUGCUUCGAGACAAAUUAAUUAUCGUGAGGACUAGUCAAAAUAGACAGUUGAAAAAGAAUCGAAUGUCUGCAUUUCUCUCCAUCGAGGACAUAUCUGGACUAAUAAUUUGGACUUGUUAAAAAAAGGUGUUCCUUAAAAAUUUGAAUGUGAACUUGAGAACAUAGAACUGUUUAAAUAUUUUAGUUCUCAAUACAUAUUUUUUUUUUUUUUUUUUUUUUAAAUAUGUGUGACAUUUACGUCGGGAACUAUCCGAAUACGUAUACCGCAGAUGACGUGUUAGAGCUUUUUGAUGAUUUUGAAGGUAUUGUGUUACAACGUUACGUUAAGAUAGGCCAGAAGUGCUAUUCUUUUUUGACAUGCGUCGACGAAUCUCAGUUAUUAGAUGUAGUCACAUCAAUGCACAACUUAAUCGUAGAUGGACGAAAUCUGAUUGUGAGGGCUAAAGAUCAGGAUCUACAAGAAAUCAUUGAGGAGGCUUUGGAAGAGGAAGGUGCUGCUCUUCCUAUUCGUUUGCACGAGAAGAAACCGGUGAACCGAGGUGCAUCUCAGUUGAAAGUAAACAAAACAAAAUUCCAAGAUAAAUCUGUUAAAACGAAGAAUGGAAGAUAUUUAAAUGGUUGUGGUAAUUCUUUGAAUAAGGAUCACCAAAUUCAAAAGCUGUCAAGCUCAAAAAUUUAUGGCAGUGUUGAGACUAUAUCUUCAGGAUCAAAUACAUCUGCAAAACAAAGUAAUAUAUCAAGGGAUGAUAAAGCUACUAGGCGAGCUUUCAGUUAUGUAUCUGUUUUAAACUUUCCUCUAGGAACCAGUAUUCAAGAUCUUUAUAAGCUGUUUUCAGAUUUUGAUCCUGUGGAAAUAAUAAUGAUAUGUAAUGAACCUCGUAUGGACAGAACUCUUACUGAAGCUGUCGUAUGCCUUUCCAGCGAAGAUGCUGCUGCAAAUGCUAUUCUGACUUUAGAUAAUACUUUGUACCGUAGAAGAAUUAUAUUAGUUAAUGAUUUCAAAGAUUUUUCACUAAUUCCAGACUUGUUAAAUGUACUUGGAAAAUAAUUGCUGUAUUUUCCUGUAACUGUGUUUUGAGAAUGUAAUAGUUUUUUUUAAGCAAUCAUGUGCCUGCUGUUAAUCAAAUGCAAAUUCAAAUUCAUUAUAGAUUAGUUUGGCAUAAUAUUCAGCAUAUUCUAUUGAAUUUAAGUUACGUAUUUGUAGCUGAAAGAGAGGUUUUCAUAAAUUUUUUCAAGAUUUCCUUAUUUGUUUAGCAAAAAAAGUAUAUUAUUUUGCUUUCAAAUCAGUAUAAUCAUUUUUGAUGCACAGAGUGCUUUGAGUAGUUUUUUAUCUGGCAGUGCAAAAGUUUUGUUUUUGAGCCUCACAUUGGGAAGAAAUAAUGAGAAAACAAUUUAGGGGGAAUCAUUAUAUAUAAAUAAUCUUUGAUCACCUAAGUAUUAUAUACUAUUCUUCACGUAUAUGCAUAAACGAAUACAUAUUUUGUUUUAACUCCCUGAGUAUCACAACUUUUGAAUCUCCUUAUGAGGAACUGUAUUUAAACAUAACUUAUUAGAUAAAUUUGCAUAAUUAGUUACUUUAGUCUAUGUUUUGUAAACUUGCUUGGUUAAAGUUUACAAUUGGGUGCCCCUUGUUUAUUGGCGAUUCUUUUUUGACGUGCCCCUUGUUUAUUGGCGAUUCUUUUUUGACGCCAAGAUCAGCACCAGGAGGACAAUGAAA